AUGAAGGUAACCCCACAGAAAACGCCAACACUAUCGAAAUUACCAUUCCCCUCAACACCAGCUUCUAUUCAGACGAUAUAUUCAAAAGCAUAUGAAGAAAGUUCAAUGCCAACACCAACGAAGUUACCAUUCCCCUCAACACCAACUUCUAUUCAGACGAUAUAUUCAAAAGCAUAUGAAGAGAGUUCAACGCCAGCACCAUCGAAAUUACCAUUCCUCUCAACACCAACUUCUAUUCAAACGAUAUAUUCAAAAGCAUAUGAAAAGAGCUCGACAAUUAUACACAGUUCGCCGACAAUCCUUGUUACACCAUCAAGCACCACCAUCACAACAGAAACUGGUGAAACCAUUCUGCCACAUCCCUGCGGCGAUGUGACAGUUCCAUCGGGUUAUAACUACAUGGAAACAACAAUUGACCUUCUCGAUAAUUGGCCACAAGGUUUCAAAGCAGCAGCAAAGUUUACAACAACAACUGAAAUUCGUGAUGGUUGGAGCAUUGAACUAGUAAUGGAUAAGGCCAUAUCAUUGUUGACUACUUAUGAUGUGAUACCAACACCGAACAACGGGGCGAGAUUUACAUUAAAAAACAAAGACUACAUUAAACAAUUGGAAAAAGGCAGGAGCGUAACGGUCGAAUUUCUGGCAACAAAAGAGGAUGAAAAUGACAAUGUGCCUUGUAUGAGGGCGGUGCUGAUGUGGGCAAUAGAGAAACCUUGCCAAAAAUUGGAAUCUGUCAGUGGAAGAAAUUUUGUUAAUGGUAAUGUAACCAUCACAAAUCAGUGGAAUCAAGGGAUAUCAGGAAAAAUAACAGUGGUGGUACCAACCACGACAAAAAAUGGUUGGCAGAUGCAGGUUUUGUUUGAUGUUUCACUUACAAUGACGUUCGAUCAAGCAAUAUCGAGUCCUUCAACAGGUACACAGUUCACCCUGACACAUGAAAGUUACAAUAAAGUGCAACAAGCUGGAGCCAUUUUAGAAAUCACUUUCAAUGGGGCGAAGGAAGAAACCAGUUCAACUGUUCUCUGUACCGAUGCAUUGUUCAUUUACAAUGACAUAUGUGAUGUUCUCUGUACUGAUGCAUAUGAAGAGAGUUCAAUGCCAACACCAUCGAAGUUACCAUUCUCCUCAACACCAGCUUCUCUUCAGACGAUAUAUUCAAAAGCAUAUGAAGAGAGUUCAAUGCCAACACCAUCGAAAUUACCAUUCCCCUCAACACCAGCUUCUCUUCAGACGAUAUAUUCAAAAGCAUAUGAAGAGAGUUCAAUGCCAACACCAUCCAACUUCUCUUCAAACGAUAUUUCAAAAGCAUAUGAAGAGAGUUCAACGCCAACACCAUCGAAAUUACCAUUCCCCUCAACACCAGCUUCUCUUCAGACGAUAUAUUCAAAAGCAUAUGAAGAGAGUUCAAUGCCAACACCAUCGAAAUUACCAUUCCCCUCAACACCAGCUUCUCUUCAAACGAUAUAUUCAAAAGCAUAUGAAGAGAGUUCAACGCCAACACCAUCGAAAUUACCAUUCCCCUCAACACCAACUUCUAUUCAGACGAUAUAUUCAAAAGCAUAUGACGAGACUUCAAUGCCAACACCAUCGAAGUUACCAUUCCGCUCAACACCAGCUUCUUUUCAGACGAUAUAUUCAAAAGCAUAUGUAGAGAGUUCAACGCCAACACCAUCAAAAUUACCAUUCCCCUCAACACCAGUUUCUCUUCAGACGAUAUAUUCAAAAGCAUAUGAAGAGAGUUCAACGCCAACACCAUCGAAGUUACAAUUCCCCUCAACACCAGCUUCUCUUCAGACGAUACAUUCAAAAGCAUAUGAAGAGAGUUCAACGCCUACACCAUCGAAGUUACCAUUCCCCUCAACACCAGCUUCUCUUCAGACGAUAUAUUCAAAAGCAUAUGAAGAGAGUUCAAUGCCAACACCAUCGAAAUUACCAUUCUCCUCAACACCAGCUUCUCUUCAGACGAUAUAUUCAAAAGCAUAUUUAGAGAGUUCAACGCCAACACCAUCGAAAUUACCAUUCUCCUCAACACCAACUUCUCUUCAGACGAUAUAUUCAAAAGCAUAUGAAGAGAGUUCAAUGCCAACACCAUCGAAAUUACCAUUCUCCUCAACACCAGCUUCUCUUCAGACGAUAUAUUCAAAAGCAUAUGAAGAGAGUUCAAUGCCAACACCAUCGAAAUUACCAUUCUCCUCAACACCAGUUUCUCUUCAGACGAUAUAUUCAAAAGCAUUAGAGAGUUCAACGCCAACACCAUCGAAAUUACCAUCCUCCUCAACACCAGCUUCUCUUCAGACGAUAUAUUCAAAAGCAUAUGAAGAGAGUUCAGCGCCAACACCAUCGAAGUUACCAUUCUCCUCAACACCAACUUCUAUUCAGACGAUAUAUUCAAAAGCAUAUGAAGAGAGUUCAACGCCAACACCAUCGAAAUUACCAUUCUCCUCAACACCAGCUUCUCUUCAGACGAUAUAUUCAAAAGCAUAUUUAGAGAGUUCAACGCCAACACCAUCGAAAUUACCAUUCUCCUCAACACCAGCUUCUCUUACGACGAUAUAUUCAAAAGCAUAUGAAGAGAGUUCAAUGCCAACACCAUCGAAGUUACAAUUCCCCACAACACCAGUUUCUCUUCAGACGAUAUAUUCAAAAGCAUAUGAAGAGAGUUCAACGCCAACACCAUCGAAGUUACCAUUCCCCUCAACACCAACUUCUAUUCAGACGAUAUAUUCAAAAGCAUAUGAAGAGAGUUCAACGCCAACACCAUCGAAAUUACCAUUCUCCUCAACACCAGCUUCUCUUCAGACGAUAUAUUCAAAAGCAUAUGAAGAGACUUCUCUUCAGACGAUAUAUUCAAAAGCAUAUGAAGAGAGUUCAACGCCAACACCAUCGAAAUUACCAUUCUCCUCAACACCAGUUUCUCUUCAGACGAUAUAUUCAAAAGCAUAUGAAGAGAGUUCAACGCCAACACCAUCGAAGUUACAAUUCCCCUCAACACCAGCUUCUCUUCAGACGAUAUAUUCAAAAGCAUAUGAGAGGAGUUCAACGCCAACACCAUCGAAGUUAACAUUCCCCUCAACACCAGCUUCUCUUCAGACGAUAUAUUCAAAAGCAUAUGAAGAGAGUUCAACGCCAACACCAUCGAAAUUACCAUUCCCCUCAACACCAACUUCUAUUCAGACGAUAUAUUCAAAAGCAUAUGAAGAGAGUUCAGCGCCAACACCAUCGAAAUUACCAUUCCCCUCAACAUCAACUUCUAUUCAGACGAUAUAUUCAAAAGCAUAUGAAGAGAGUUCAAUGCCAACACCAUCAAAAUUACCAUUCUCCUCAACAGCAGCUUCACUUCAGACGAUAUCUUCAAAAGCAUAUGAAGAGAGUUCAACGCCAACACCAUCGAAAUUACCAUUCUCCUCAACACCAGCUUCUCUUCAGACGAUAUAUUCAAAAGCAUAUGAAGAGAGUUCAGCGCCAACACCAUCGAAAUUACCAUUCUCCUCAACACCAGCUUCUCUUCAGACGAUAUAUUCAAAAGCAUAUUUAGAGAGUUCAACGCCAACACCAUCGAAAUUACCAUUCUCCUCAACACCAGCUUCUCUUACGACGAUAUAUUCAAAAGCAUAUGAAGAGAGUUCAAUGCCAACACCAUCGAAGUUACAAUUCCCCUCAACACCAGUUUCUCUUCAGACGAUAUAUUCAAAAGCAUAUGAAGAGAGUUCAACGCCAACACCAUCGAAGUUACAAUUCCCCUCAACACCAGCUUCUCUUCAGACGAUAUAUUCAAAAGCAUAUUUAGGGAGUUCAACGCCAACACCAUCAAAAUUACCAUUCCCCUCAACACCAACUUCUAUUCAGACGAUAUAUUCAAAACCAUAUGAAGAGAGUUCAACGCCAGCACCAUCAAAAUUACCAUUCCCCUCAACACCAACUUCUAUUCAGACGAUAUAUUCAAAAGCAUAUGAAGAGAGUUCAGCGCCAACACCAUCGAAAUUACCAUUCCCUUCAACACCAACUUCUUUUCAGACGAUAUAUUCAAAAGCAUAUGAAGAGAGCUCAACAAUUAUACACAGUUCGCCGACAAUCCUUGUCACACCAUCAAGCACCACCAUCACAACAGAAACUGGUGAGACCAUUCUGCCACAUCCCUGCGGCGAUGUGACUGUUCCAUCGGGUUAUAACUACAUGGAAACAACAAUUGAUCUUCUCGAUAAUUGGCCACAAGGUUUUAAAGCAGCAGCAAAGUUUACAACAACAACUGAAAUUCGUGAUGGUUGGAGCAUUGAACUAGUAAUGGAUAAGACCAUAUCAUUGUUGACUACUUAUGAUGUUAUACCAACACCGAACAACGGGGCGAGAUUCACAUUAAAAAACAAAGACUACAUUAAACAAUUGGAAAAAGGCAGGAACGUAACGGUCGAAUUCCAGGCAACAAAAGAGAAUGAAAAUGACGAUGUGCCUUGUAUGAGGGCGGUGCUCAUGUGGGCAAUAGAAAAACCUUGCCAAAAAUUGGAAUCUGUCAGUGGAAGUAAUUUUGUUAAUGGUAAUGUAACCAUCACAAAUCAGUGGAAUCAAGGGAUAUCAGGAAAAAUAACAGUGGUGGUACCAGCCACGACACAAAAUGGUUGGCAGAUGCAGGUUCUGUUUGAUGUUUCACUUACAAUGACGUUCGAUCAAGCAAUAUCGACUCCUUCAACAGGUACACAGUUCACCCUGACAAAUGAAAGUUACAAUAAAGUGCAACAAGCUGGAGCUAUUUUAGAAAUCACCUUCAAUGGGGCCAAGGAAGAAACCAGCUCAACUGUUCUCUGUACCGAUGCAUUGUUCAUUUGGUCAUAA